CGACUCUCUAUCUCCCACAUCUUCCCGUCACGAUGCCGACCGACAUGAGCAAGUUCCAGCUGGUGCAGACCGCCAAGUUCUCGGUGCUGCACCCCACUAAGGGCGCUAAGCCCAUGAAGCCCAUUGCGGGUGCCAAGAAGGCGGCCCCGGCCAAGAAGGAGGCUUCCAAGAAGGCCGCCCCGGCCCCCAAGAAGGUCGAGGAGGACGACGAUGAUGACGACGACCUGUUCGGUGACGACGAUGACGAGGAGGAAGACGAGGCUGCUAAGGCUCUUGCUGCUAAGCGCGCUGAGGCCGCCAAGGCCGCCAAGAAGGAGAAGAAGAAGCCCGUGGAGCGCUCGCAGGUCGUGAUUGAGGUCAAGCCGUGGGAGGCUGAGACCGACCUCGAGGAGCUGGCGGUUAAGAUCAAGGCUCUGCCGGUCGAGGGACUGACCUGGGGCGAGGGACACAAGCUGGUGCCGGUGGCCUUCGGAAUCAAGAAGCUGCUGGUGCAGUGCGUCAUCAUCGACGACCUGGUGCUGCUUGACGACAUCACGGACGCCAUCGAGGGCUUCGAGGACUACGUGCAGUCGGUGGACGUUGCCUCCAUGAACAAGCUGUAAGCUUGCCUACAUAGCAGUAGGUAAAUACCCGCUUCUAAAUGAAUGUGAUAUCCUCAACGA